AUGCCAUCAUGCAUCGAUCCUUCUUGGAUUCAUGAUCUCUCUCAGACAGUAGUGUUGGAUCGAUCGGCUAGCUAUCACAUACUCUUUGCUACCGAUCAAGGGCAGAUACUGAGUCUCAACCCAGGCUCUCCAGAAAUAUCUGCUUUCACUUCAUUUGAUCCGGAUGAAACUAUCUUCUCCGAUUUCGGUUUUUCAAGAAUCGAUAGACCUGACAAAUCGGUAGUCCCGAAUGGCCCAACGUCUGUUCCCGGAGUACCAGUCGUCAGACCCAAAAGUCAUGGAGAAAGCUCUCUUAAUUCCGAAGAUUCGUUUUCUAGUACCGCGCCCCAUGGAUCUAAGAGGAGGUCGGACAUGGAACGUCAAAAGACCAGACUUCCCAAAAAGGCCAAGUUCAGCCACCCGAAUUCCGGGCUGGACAACGCCAAGCUUCCCGAUUCAGAACCUAUUCGAAGUGAGGGUAUGAACAACCGCACAAACAUCGCACGUGCCGACAAGUUGUCCCCUUCACCAGGCCAGAUGAACAGAACAGUCAACGUGAGAGAUACCUUAUGCGCCGCCCUUGGAUCAGGCAGCUAA